ACCCUGCUUUCACUUCCACAUAAACAAGAGCAGUGCAGUGGACGGCGAAACAUGGAGCAUCGCUUUGACAGGGCGGCGGUGCUGUCACCGCUGGAGGAGUCCAGCGCGGAGGUGAGCAGAGACAGCGGUAUCGUGUCCCAGAGCGCCAGCAGCCUGUCUAUGGUGAGCGAGGCCCUGAGCAGCGGCUCUGUGUCUCAGAGCCCGAGCUUCGGCGCUGCAGUGGCCCAGAGCCCGAGCUCAGCGGCCGGAGAAACCCAAGCGGAGCAGACACAAGACGACGAGCUCCUGAGACACACCGCCAACACUUACUCCUCUUAUAUCAGAGCCAGCGCGGAAGAAGAGGUCCUGUGCUUGGAGAAAAGCCUGGAGGAAAUGCUGACACGAGUCGAUGAGUUUGUUGGUAUGCUUGAUAUGAUUCGUAACGACACCUCACAGGUGGUCAAUGAGAACCUACCACAGAUACAGAGAAAAUCUGAAGAGAUGAGAGAGAUUUACCGAAAAAUUGACAAAUUGGAGGCCUUUGUCAAAAUGGUUGGAGCCAGUGUCAGUGCAAUGGAAGAACAAGUUACUCAAGUCGAAGGUGAAGUUGGGACCCUGCCAGGCACCUUGAAAAAGUUCCUCCGCACAAUGGCCGUGCCAGGUUUUUUAAAUAAACCUGCUAGCCCAAGAAGGCAGUCACAAAAACAUCAAGAGCUUCCCAGUGUAUUUAAGACAGAAGAUUACUUUAAACCUCAGUCUGAGCAGUGAAAGAGACUGUCGUAUUGACUUCAUGAAGCACCAAUCAAGAGCAGUGCUGCCUGCUUUGAGAUGCAAACACCUGGGAGUGCUAACACAAACAUUUCACGGCCACUUUAUCUGCAACUUACUCAAUCAGUCCCACGAAGCCAACUGUUGUUUUAGUAGGCAGUCUAAUGGCAGCUAGUUUUAUAACAAACAGAAGCUUUGGUUUUAAAUAAUGUUUUUUUCUUGAAGUGCCUCUCCAGGAAGUCUGACACUGUUUCUUAUAGUUGGGAAAGCAUGUUCAA